GGUUUUUCGAGAUUGGGGGGAAGAGUUGAAGGCUGGAAUCCAGACCGUUGGAUCUCCUCCCCGAUCGCCUCCCGCCGUCGGUUGCUGAUCCUCGCCGCACCGCCGCCGGAGACCCUCCGGUCGUUAUCCGGUUUUGGUUCUUAUGCUUUGUAAAUUGAACAAUCUGAUGUGUUGUUCAAUGUAGGGGUUUAGAUUUCCAUCUUCAUUUUGUUCUCUGUACAUCAACUCUUUCCAACUGCUUGUUUGAGGUCUGAAGGUGUUCUAUCUUGGCCUUCAUAUAGUAGUUUUUCUGAUGACUGUUCCUCUAUAGGGGUUGCCCCAGCUUCAUUUUGUGUCAAGCACAAGGAAUCUGUAAGAUUUCUGAAGGAUGCGCUCGGUAUCCAUCAUUAUGUUCAUUGAAGUCAUGUUUUCACUCGACGAAAGGUCCUAAUUGGAUUCACUUGCCUAGAACUUCAUGAUCAUUUGUGCUCAUCGGCUUCUCUCCGUAUCCGCGCCAGCCUCUGUGUUUGGCAUGCGAACGGACAGGAAAAAGAAGAAGAACAACCUUUCUGUUGCUGUUGCUUCAAUCCUUGGUGAUUCUACGCAUUUGCACUUAUUACCCCAUGUCUCCUAAAUUGGACAGCCCUGUGCAGACCCAGAUGGCAGUUUCUGUCUUAAACCACAGCCUUCGUGGUGAUCGCCAUGGCAACCAGAAAUCUGAAGGUAAGCCUGUUGGCCGGAGACGUGUUUUUGUCCAGACUGAAACUGGCCUGGUUUUGGGCAUGGAUCUGGACCGUGGAGACAAUGCCCACACAGUGAAGAGAAGAUUACAGUUGGCACUCAAUUUUCCUACUGAGGAGAGCUCACUUACAUUUGGAGAUCUUGUUUUGAAGAAUGACCUUACUGCUAUUCGACGAGACUCACCUUUACUUCUUACCAGAAAUAACCUGCAAAGGAGUUCUUCCACCCCAUGCCUUUCUCCAUGUGGUAAGGAUCAACAGCAAAGAGAUUCAGGUGGUCCAAUUGAAGUCUUAGGAUGUUCAAGUCGCUGCUCUCAGACAAAACAGCUUGUCAAGGAUGUUGCUAAGGCGAUCAAAAGUGGUGUGGACCCCGUUCCUGUUCAUAGUGGUCUUGGUGGUGCUUAUUAUUUCAGGAACAGUAGAGGUGAGAGCAUUGCUAUUGUGAAGCCUACUGAUGAGGAGCCAUUUGCACCAAAUAAUCCAAAAGGUUUUGUUGGGAAAGCCCUUGGACAACCAGGCCUGAAAGGGUCAGUUCGAGUUGGUGAGACAGGGUUCAGGGAGGUUGCUGCAUACCUUCUGGACUAUGAUUGUUUUGCAAAUGUUCCUCCUACAGUCCUUGUCAAGAUAACCCACUCGGUGUUCCAUGUCAAUGCCGGGGAAAAUGGUUACAAUUGUAAGAAUCAUGACAAGAAUCAGAAUCUGAUCAGUAAAAUUGCUUCGUUCCAGAAGUAUAUUACCCAUGAUUUUGAUGCAAGUGAUCAUGGGACGUCUAGUUUUCCUGUUGCUGCGGUUCAUAGAAUUGGGAUACUUGAUGUUAGAAUUUUUAACACUGAUCGGCAUGCGGGAAAUCUUUUGGUGAGAAAGGUUGGAGGCGGAGUUGGUAGAUUUGGUGGUCAGAUGGAAUUGAUCCCGAUUGAUCAUGGGCUUUGCCUGCCAGAGAACUUGGAGGAUCCUUAUUUUGAAUGGAUACAUUGGCCCCAGGCAUCAAUUCCUUUCUCUGAGGAAGAGCUUGAGUACAUCGCUAAUCUUGAUCCAGUGAGCGAUUCUGAAAUGCUCCGGAUGGAAUUGCCAAUGAUUCGCGAAGCAUGUCUUCGGGUUCUGGUUCUCUGUACCAUUUUCCUUAAGGAAGCUGCAGCUUUUGGGCUUUGCCUGUCGGAGAUUGGAGGGAUGAUGAGUAGAGAGUUCAAGGGAAAGGAAGAAGUGCCAAGUGAGCUGGAGCUUGUGUGCAUUGAAGCAAGGAGGCUAGUGGCAGAAAGAGAGCUGUUUCCCUCAGAAGCUGAACCUGGAACUGAAGAUGAUAUUCAGUUUAAUAUUGAAUUUGAAAACUCAUAUCCAAUGUCGCACAAAGUACUGACGCCAUGCCAUUUUGGAGGUGGAACAUUGAUACACACACUUUCAAAAUUAGAGGAGGGCUCAGAGGAGGAAGAUGAAGAUGACAACAAUGAAAUGAGCAAUGUAGAAAAAGGUCCUUGCUACCGCAAUGUUCCUCGCCAGCUUCCUAGCGUCUCAAAUCUAUCGGUUUCGCUGAAGGGCAUCGGUCUUCAUGAAAAACGUAAGAGGUUUACAGCAGUAAAUGGUUCCAUCACUAGCAAAGAUAGCAGUAGCAGCAGUGCAAUAGGUCGUCAGGCGGGGAAAAGGAGUGCCUGUGAGCAGCUUCAUAGGAGCAAGAACUUUGUAAAGCUGUCUGACAUGGGGGAGGAGCAAUGGGUGGCUUUCCUUGAUAAGUUUCAAGAGCUGCUUCAUGGUGCAUUCCGCAACCGCCAAUCCAUUACUACUAGUCAGAUGCAGAGGCUCAGGCUCGGGACUUCUUGCAAGUUUUGAUUAGGAGACGAGGAUGACUUUUACUUUGUUUGCUAGCAGUUUGUUGUUUGUAUGGCCUUGCUGGUAGGUGUAAAGCUCCGGAGAAGAGGGAAAUAGAAUAAGACAUUCAUCGCUAGGCUGGUGAAGUUUGGUAUGAGCGAUGCCGAGGAUAUAGUUGGUGCUGCUUAUGUAUAUAUUUCUUUGGUCUUAAGCGCGAACAUUAUGUUACAUGUAGGUUGUCAUGCUCAGCCGGUCUGCCUGCUCUGAUUGUUGUGUGCUAUUCAUAGAAUUAACAUUUUAGAAUAAGCCCUUUAAAGCUAUUUAGUUUCAUGGAUUUGCAUGUUGUCUUCUCCAGGACUGUAAUUGUUUCCUUUUAUUGACUAGUUCUGCAAUUCAUUUCACCAGUAAGAUUUCUUAGUCAUUGAAGAAGUUGUGUUGAUAAAUGAGCAUCAAUUGGGAUUUUGGUGUUAUCUGUA